AUGCCGCCCAGCCUGGCGUCCUCGGUGCGCUCGACGCCCUCUGCGGAAGCAAUUCCUUCCCUUCCUGUCUCAUCUCAGAGCUGCGCUAGCUCUUCCUCUUCUUCCGCGUCUUCUUCUCCCGCGUCUUCGGACGUAUGGAGACGCCAAUUAGAGGAAGCAAAGGAAGUAGCAUGGCGAAGACGCGUGCGCCUCCGCGUGCUCGGAGGCGCUGCAGAGAGCACAGAGAGUGUCCCAGGACGGAAGGGAGACGGCAGAGAGAAGAACAUCGUUCGUCUUCAGCGGGCCGUCAACCGAGUGAAGAAAAUCACCGAGGCCGAGAAGGAGGCGAUUCUGAACGAGCUGAGCAGAGUGAACGUCACGCUGUUUCUCUCCGAAAUCACAGACAGCAUCUGCGAACUCGACUUCAAGCUCGGCGAUGUCCGGGCGGUUGUCGAAAUCUGUGCCGCUUUGCACGUAACCUAUCCAGAGUUCGCCACCCUCCUCCAACAGUCUCUUGAAAAACAAAUUCGGGUCACUCUCGAGUCUGCCAGUGCCUUUGUCGCCGCCUCCUCAUCUUCCUCUCCUUCCUCUUCCUCCUCUUCGGCGGUCUCUUCUUUGUCCCCCAACCUCCUUGUCAUUCUCCCUCAAGAUGUCUCCGCUAAGCACGCGGCGUUGACGCAGCGGCUACGUCUUCUGACUCGCCUCGUCUCCGAGCUGUUUCUGACGGCGCUCCUCAAGGAUGCGUCUCUGCUACUGUCUCUUCUUCAGUUUCUCACCUCGCCCUACACGGCAUGCACCGUGACGGACGCGCCAGGCCGCGCCGCGCCGCUGUCGGCGGAGGGCCGGGUUCCCUCUCCGACCUCGCUCGCUCUCGCGUCUUCGCUUCCGCUUCUCCUCUCCAAGUUUGCUGUUCUCAGCUCUCUCUCGCGCAAAGCGGCCUCUCAGCUGUUUGCGCAGGCGGCGCAGCGGCCGUUCCUCUCCAUUCUGCGGGCUGUGCAGGGAGAACCACUGAGCACGGCCGCGGCGCCCGUGGGAGACGAACUGCGACAGAGACCGGAGGAAACCAAAGACGCAGAGGGAAAACGCCGAGGAGAGCCACAGCCAGGACCGGAGACAGGGAAGGAGUCAAGGAAGGACGUGUGCGAGGGGCGAGUGGAGACGGAGGCCGAGGCGACGGGACCGAGCUCAGCUCAUGGGGCGACAGGAGAGACAGGCGACUUGCCCUCGAGCCCCGAGUGUCUUGGAAACGCUUUACGGGAGUUGAUGACCGACGUGGGAGUGACGGAGGAGGACCUUGGCGAAGCUGCGCAAGACGAAGGGGAGGAAUGCUUUUCGGAAACCAGGAAAAAGACCUCUGUGUUUCUUCGGCAGUUUUAUCUUUCCUCUGCGACUCUGGGCGCGAGUCACCUUCACCAGCAGCUGGUGAUGCAGGAGCAACACAACAUGCAGCAGGUGGUUAACCGAGGGCAAGUGGACGCGGAGGCGAAUUCGCAGUUUCUGCAACUGAGUGAAAAGUUGAAAACCUUCCUCCAGCAUGCGCAGAUCAUCGCCGAGGCCAUCAAGGAAAACCCCGUCGACAUUCAAGCGAUUCACGCGCGGACAGCGGAGCUGCUGAACCUGGACGCCGAUGCAGCGUCUGCGACGCGGGUUGGCAUGCCGGGCGGAGAAGAGAGCAAAGGCGACGACGAGAACGACGAGAAUCUCAUGUGGAAGGAUGAGGCUGAAAAAGAGUUUUACACGGAUAUCUUGAACCUGAAAGAAGUGAUUCCGGCAGUGCUUCUGGGCGUGAGGGAGGCGAAGGACACCAGCGAGAGCAAGCGCACCAGUGAGAUCAAGACUCAGCGUGUGCCUCCUCUCGCGCAGAGCAACUCCGAAGAGACUGCGGAAAACGCCAGUGCCGCAUCAGGGACCGACGGUGGAAAGUUGAAGUCCUCGCCUUCUCCGUCCUCUUCUUCCUCUUCUUCUUCGUCUUCAUUGUCCUCUUCUUCGUCUUCAUCUACCUCUUCUUCAUCGUCGUCUUCUUCUUCGUCUUCAUCUGCCUCUUCUUCAUCUUCCUCUUCUUCUUCAUCCGCGUCUGCUGCAGUUCCUGGAACAAGUGCGGCGACCCAGGGCGUGGAUCUGAUGCUGCUGAGGCUCGGUCAGGCUUCUGAGGCGCACGUAGUCGACCAGAUCGCGAUGGACAUUUUCUACGAGCGCCUCAAUACGAAGGCGAAUCGGGUGGCGUUGGCGAAGGCGAUUGCGAGUGUCUCGCGCAUGCAAUUGCACCUCCUGCCUUUCUACGCGCGGCUUCUGGCCAUCCUGAAACCUUGCAUGAAGGAUGUAUGCGCAAGCGUCCUCGAUUCCCUACAAGGGGAGAUGAAAAAGAUCCUAGAGGAGAAACAUCCGACUGACCUGGAAAGCAAAAUCAAGAGCGUUCGGUUCAUCUGCGAGUGCACAAAGUUUAGUCUUCUUCCCGCUGGCUUAAUUCUCGGCGCCUUCAAUUCCCUGAUGGAGGAUAUGACGCCGCACCACGUGGAGCUGCUGUACCACACUGCAGACGCUUGCGGGCAUUAUCUUCUGCACAUGCCCCUGACGCGGCAGCGCUUUAGUGCGCUCCUCGAGAAAAUGCUGCGAAUCAAAACCGCCAAAAACCUUCCCGCGCGACUCGACAUCCUCAUUGAAGACGCGUACCACCAACUGCGCCCUGCUGCCAAUGCAAAGGCGCCCGGAAAAGGCAAGAAGCCAGAGCCUCCGGAAAAGCAAUUUCUCCGGAAACUCCUCUUCGAAGAACUCCAACGCCGAGACGAAGAUCAGGUUGCGCGACUGAUUCGAAAGUUCCCAUGGUCGACUGAACCUAAAAUCGAAAAAUGGUUCCGAGACGAUGUCCUGGAUUUGGACAUGCAGACGAAUUUUGACCACAUCCACCGCAUCGCCUCCCUCAUGUGUGCCCUUGCCAAAUAUCUUCCGAGUGCAAUUAUUGCAUGCAUCGACGGCCUUCUCGAGGCGAUUCAGGUGGGGCUAGAACGCGAAGAUCCACGCGACGCCCCAAUUCGUGUUCGGCAGAUGAAGUUUCUCGCUGAGCUGUACAAUUACAGACUCGUCGACUCCUCCGUCAUCUUCGACAUGCUCUAUCACCUCUGUGGCUGCGGCUCUGCGACCAGCCACCAAGCGGGCAACAUCCGGACAGCUCACCGCAUAUUAGCCGAGCAGGCGCGAUUAAACGGGAUCCUUCCUUCUUCAGCAGCGACUGCCCUCCAGUCCUCGCGUCCGUCGUCUUGCGCCUCUCCAACCCCUGGAACGUCGGAAAGGAACCUGGACGAAGGCGGGCUUCUCUCCGGCGUCAAACCCUCUCCCGCUUCUCUUUCUUCUCUCUCUGUUCCGGGAUCUUCGUCGGGCGGAACUGAAAAUCAGCCUGGAGUCUCCUCUUCCCUCAUGUUCCUGGACAGCCUGUACGACCAGGAAUCCCUGCCGCUCGUUGACCCUGCAGCCCCCGUCGACUGGCCCCACAGCUGCUUUCGUGUGACUCUCAUUUGCGUGCUUCUCCAGUCCUGCGGGCACUACUUUUCCAAGGGUGCUCUGCGCCUGAAGCUGGACCGUUUUCUUCUCUUCUUCCAGCGGUUUGUACGCGCCAAGCCGUAUGUUCCUGUCUUGGUUGAGGCGGAUUUCCUGGACACGCUGGAGGCGUUGCGUCCUCAGCACGAGAUUGCGAAAACUUUACCGGAAGCACAGCAGCGUCUUCGAGAGCUCCUCAAGGAAGAGGCGCGAAUUCUAACUGCGAUGAAGCAGCAGGACGGAGAAGAAGAAGAAGACGAGGAGGCGCUGUUCGGUUCGGCGGAUGAGAGUGAAGAAGAGGAAGAGGAUGAAAAGACUGGAGACGAGAAAGAAGCGGGCGUGGCGGAAGAUGAAGAUCUCCGCGACUACGUUCGCGAGCACGUCCAGAAGGAAGAGGCAAGUCGCCCACAGCGCAUUUACACUGAACUCCAGUUCGACGCCGACUUUGCGCAGAUGAUGCUGGCGUCGCUGAACGACGCGAAAACGCUGAGGCGUCCCACGGGCUCGGAAAUGAAAAUUCCUCCCAACGUGCUCAAAGAAGCUGCGGAAAGCCCUUCGGAAGGCGCCUCGGGCAAGCGUCCUCAGGGGGAAGAAUCUCCGACGGCCAGCGACAGGCUCGCAGCGGACGAAGGCGAACUCGACUUCGAGGGUCCUCUCGCACGCCCGACGACGGUCAUGCGACUCGUCCUGCGGCGUCCUGACAAGCGAAAUCGAUUCGUUGUGCGCCCCCUGGCGGUGCCGACUGACGCGGUGCUGGCCGAAAGCUCGCGGCGCAAAGAUCAGCAGGCGCAGCAGGAGGAAGCCGAGCGCGCAAACCUGAAGAGAUUCGUGAUGGACCGCGUAAACCGAUCCGCAGAAGAAGAGGCCGAAACCUACGGCUUCGGUUCCCAGCGCGCCGGACCGCACAGCGGACAGACCGUGAAGGUCCAUCUUUUUCCUGGGCCGCGAGAUGGAGGCGGCGACAAGCCGAAUGCGGGGUGUACGUACACCCCGUUCGGCCACAGAGGUAAAUUUCGGUCGAAGUGA